GCCCAGGGAGCGCUCGACCCGGGGCUGCUGCUGGGCAGCGCCGUGGCCGUGCUGGCCGUGCACGGAGCUGGCAACUUGGUCAACACCUACUACGACUUCUCCAAAGGCAUCGAUCACAAGAAGAGUGAUGACAGGACGUUGGUGGACCAGAUUUUGGAGCCUCAGGAUGUCGUGCGGUUUGGGGUUUUCCUUUACACCGUGGGCUGUGUGUGUGCCGCUGGGCUCUAUGCCGUCUCCACGCUCAAGCUGGAGCACCUGGCCCUGAUUUACUUCGGAGGACUUUCCAGCUCUUUUCUUUAUACUGGAGGGAUCGGAUUUAAGUACGUGGCGCUUGGUGACGUGGUGAUCCUGAUCACCUUUGGGCCCCUGGCUGUGAUGUUUGCCCACGCAGUGCAGGUGGGGUACCUGUCAGUGUCCCCCCUGCUCUAUGCUGUGCCCCUGGCCCUCAGCACCGAGGCCAUCCUGCACAGCAACAACACACGGGACAUGGAGUCGGAUCGGCAGGCAGGAAUCGUCACCUUGGCCAUCCUCAUCGGCCCCACCUUCUCCUACAUCCUCUACACUGUGCUGCUCUUCCUGCCCUACCUGAUCUUCUGUGUGCUGGCCACACGCUACACCAUCAGCAUGGCACUGCCCCUGCUCACCAUGCCCAUGGCAUUCUCACUGGAGAGGCAAUUUCGGAGUCAGAGCUUCAACAAGAUUCCCCAGAGGACAGCCAAGCUCAACCUCCUCCUGGGGCUCUUCUAUGUGUUUGGCAUCACACUGGCACCAGCUGGUGCUCUGCCCAAGCUGUGA